AUGAAGAUCCUCUGCCUUCACGGUAGAGGCUCCAACAACGAAAUCUUUCGUGCGCAGACGGCAGCCUUCCGUGCAGAUCUCGACGACUUUGAGUGGACGUUUGUGCAAGGCACGGUUCGACAUACCGAAGGCAACUGGUCGCUGUACACGGCGCAAUUCUCACAUCUCCCACUUUACACAUACUACAACCCUUUUGAUCCUGCUUCCAUCUUGCAGACUCAUGACGACCUUGCGCGGAUCAUAGCCGAGGAGGGCCCCUUCGAUGGGAUUCUGGGCUACUCAGGCGGUGCUGCGUUGGCGGCAGAGAUCUUGGCUCAGGCAACCCAUGAUGACCCCUUUGCCAUGGAACGACCGUUUCGAUUCGCCGUCUUCAUCAACGGAGCAUCUCCCCUGCGCUGUUUUGCCAUGAAGGACGCCCAAGUCAUCGAGGACGUCGUCGUAGAUGCCGCACCCAUGACGGAGCAGGCAGAGGCCAUGUUUCUUCGUCCGAGUGCGCUGCGGAAGAAGGACGGAGUCAGCGAUCAGGACCAGGUCGACCAUGCAAAACUACUAUCGUUGCUCAAGAAACUCGAGGGCAAGAAGUUGGUCGAUGGGACAACGUUUCUAACCGACGGCACGCAUGGCCUUUGUAGAUGGGAACCUCCCGCAGACGGUUCGCCGCUGAUUGACCUGCCCACGCUGCACAUCCGGGGCACCGAGAGCGACGAGAGCGAUCCCCACCAGGGUCUCCAUUUGCUACGACUCUGUGAUCCCGACCAAGCACGCGAGUUCCAUCAUGGCAGUGGGCAUGAUUUUCCCAGAGGUCGUAAGGAAAUGAAGACCAUUGCGAGAAUGAUUCGAGAGGUCGCUGAAGCUACAACAAGUUUAUAA